GGGCCGUAAAUAGUCCCUAAGCAGAGCCCACCUCUCCUUUUAGAGCAGGGAGUCUGGUUACAGGGGCAGGCAGUAAAAUUAGUGCCAGGCUGUUGCGGGCCUUCAGUCCCCGCCGACGCCCGCCAUAGCCAGGACCUCGCUCCCCCCGCAGCCAUGCCGCAGGUCAAGAUGCCAGCCAAGGAGAAACAGAUGGACGAGGCCAUGCGCUCCUUUGCCGAGAAGGUGUUUGCCUCCGAGGUGAAGGACGAGGAGACCCGGCACGAGAUCUCGCCCUUCGACGUGGAGGAGAUCUGCCCCAUCUCGCACCACGAGAUGCAGGAGCACCUGAUCCAGCAGGAGAGCCAGGCCUCCCCGGAGAAGCAGAAGAAGCGGCUCCGCCUGAAGACCAUCGCGCUGGUGUUGCCCGUGGCCAAGAUGUCGUCCACCAAGCUGUCCACCAUCGAUGAGGUCAUGUCCACUUCGCCGCUCUACCAGGCCGUGCCUAACUUCCAGCGCGUCCAGACCACCUGCGACUACGCCUCAGGGGUGACAGUGGAGGACUUCGAGGUGGUGUGCCGGGGCCUGUACCGCGCGCUCUGCAUCCGGGAGAAGUACAUGCGGCUCUCGCUCCAGCGGUUCCCCCGCACGCCGGCCCAGUACCUGCGCAGCAUCGAGGGCGAGGUCUGGACCGCUGACCAGAGCUGCGGCCCAGUGUUCAGCCCCCCGGUGAAGAAGGGGGAGGACCCGUUCCAGGCGGACAAUCUCCCCGAGGACCUGGGCUACCACGUGCAGAUGCAGGACGGCGUGGCCUACGUCUACGCUGACGCGGCGGCGCCCGGCCGGGGCCAGCCCAAGGACCUGCCCUACCCUGACCUGGAGGGCUUCAUCAACGACAUGAACUUCCUGCUCGCUCUCAUCGCCCAGGGCCCUGUCAAGACCUACGCCCACCGGCGCCUCAAGUUCCUGUCCUCCAAGUUCAAUCUGCACGAGAUGCUGAACGAGAUGGAGGAGCUGAAGGAGCUGAAGAACAACCCCCACCGCGACUUCUACAACUGCCGUAAGGUGGACACGCACAUUCACGCCGCGGCCUGCAUGAACCAGAAGCACCUGCUGCGCUUCAUCAAGAAGUCGUACCGCACGGAUGCCGACCGCACCGUCUUCCAGGCCAAGGGCAAGACGCUCACCCUGAAGGAGCUCUUCGCACAGCUCAACCUGCACCCCUACGACCUGACCGUGGACUCGCUGGACGUCCACGCCGGCCGCCAGACCUUCCAGCGCUUCGACAAGUUCAAUGCCAAGUACAACCCGGUGGGUGCCAGCGAGCUGCGUGACCUCUACCUGAAGACGGAGAACGCCAUCGACGGCGAGUACUUCGCCACCAUCAUCAAGGAGGUCGGCUCUGACCUGGAGGAUGCCAAGUACCAGUAUGCGGAGCCCCGGCUCUCCAUCUACGGGCGCUCACCCAGCGAGUGGGACUGCCUGGCCACAUGGUUCAACAAGCACCGCGUCUACUCCCCCAACAUGAAGUGGAUGAUCCAGGUGCCCCGCAUCUAUGACGUGUUCAGGGCUAAGAACUUCCUGCCGCACUUCGGAAAGAUGCUGGAGAACGUGUUCGUGCCCAUUUUCGAGGCUACCCUCAACCCACGCGCCAAUAAGGAGCUGAGCGUCUUCCUGCGACACGUGAGUGCCACGCAGGGCGUGGUGCUGCGAGGAGGGAACAGGGCCAAUGUGGGUCCCAUUUUGGAGCGCGGCAUGAACACCUUCCUCUUCCGCCCGCACUGCGGGGAGGCGGGCGCCAUAACGCACCUGCUCGCAGCCUUCAUGACGGCGGACAACAUCUCCCACGGCCUGAACCUGAAGAAGAGCCCGGUGCUGCAGUAUCUCUACUUCCUGGCCCAAGUGCCCAUCGCCAUGUCCCCGCUCAGCAACAACAGCCUCUUCCUGGAGUACGCCAAGAACCCGCUGCUGGACUUCCACCAGAAGGGCCUCAUGGUGUCUCUGUCCACCGACGACCCCAUGCAGUUCCACUACACCAAGGCAGCCUCGGCCCUGCCCCUGCCCCGCAGGCGAUCGCGGCCUCGCGCGUCCUGGCCCCGAGGGAAAGGGGGCCAGGCAGGGCCAGGCCCUGGGACGGGGGGUGCGUCCACCUGA